AUGGCGCUGAUCUAUGGCGUGUCGCAGGUCACCGCGUAUCUCAGGGACCUGCUGGCCUACGACGGUCUGCUCAGCGACGUCUGGAUCGAGGGCGAGAUCGCCAACCUGCGGCGGCAAGGCUCGGGGCACUCUUACUUCACACUUCGGGACUCCAACAGCACCCUGCGCUGCGUUCUAUUCCGAAACUCGCGCGGGGCGGCCCAUCUCCAGGACGGAGCAGCCGUGGUAGCACAUGGCAGAGUGACCCUGUACGAGGUGCGCGGCGACCUUCAGUUGGUCGCGGACGUGAUCCAGCCCGAGGGUGUGGGCGAACUACAGAUGCGGCUGGAACAGCUCAAGGCGCAGUUGGAACGCGAGGGUCUGUUCGAGGAAUCACGGAAGCGUCCGCUUCCCGCAUUUCCGAGGCGUAUUGGAGUCGUCACAUCUCCCACUGGCGCAGUGUGGCAGGACAUUCGCACUGUCAUAAGUAGGCGAUUUUCGCUUGUCGAACUGGCUCUGGCGCCGGCCAUGGUACAGGGAGACUCGGCGGCUGAGACGAUCGUCGAGGGUCUGGAGGCGCUGAACGGCGAAGGGGACAUAGACGCCAUCAUAGUCGCCAGAGGCGGCGGCUCCCUUGAGGACCUGUGGCCGUUCAACGAAGAGGCGGUCGCAAGGGCGGUGUUUUCGAGCCGCGUCCCAGUAGUCAGCGCAGUGGGUCACGAGACCGACUUCACAGUGUGCGACCUUGUGGCUGACGUCAGGGCGCCGACGCCGUCUGCGGCAGCGGAGAUGGUCGUCCCGGACCGGAUGGAACUGCUUCAGAGAGUCGGACGGUCCAUUCCAGACAUUGACCAGAUCAGGCUCAGGGUGGACGACCAACUUGACGCAGCCAGGACGCUUCUGGCUCACAGGGUCGAGCUAUCGCGGGGCCAGGUCGAUCUCCUUGGCACAGCACUGCGAACGCUGUCUCCGUUGGAUACCCUGAGGCGUGGGUACGCUAUUGUCGUGGACCGGGAAACGGGUACUGUGGUGUCCAAGGCACGAGACACUCAGCCGGGCGGGUCGCUGGACAUUACACUCAAUGAGGGUACAAUUGCGGUGGUGGUGCAAGAGGUUCCGUCCAAUCCUGUAGAACACUAG